AUGUCCGCUGUUUCCGUUCCGCACGAUGUUCACAACAUCGGUUUUCGCUCUUUUCCCUCCUCCCUCCUCAUGCUGCCUCUGCUACGGAGACUGGGCCUCCCUCUCCCCUCUACAGCUCAUGACCGGGCGCUCGCGCUCGACGACGACGCAGAGACGGCAGAGCCGCUGCUCGAUUCGCCCAUUUCCCGGCCAGGGCACAGACGAGGGACACGCAUGUUUCCGGUGGUACGAGUGCUGGUGCUUGUGAGCGCCACCGUUCUCCUCGGCCUUCUGGCCGCUCUCCUUCUACUGCCACACCGCCCCGGUCCCCGCGUUGUCGACCGCUCGUCAGCCUCAUUCGUGGCCGCCGCGCGCGAGUCAAUAGCGUACCUCCGGGAUCGCCAGUCAUCGACGCUGACACAAGCAUCCGCCCGCUACCGACUCCGCAGCGGCCGCCCACCGCCGCAAAACUACGACAAAUGGUUCACGUUCGCGCAGGAGCGCGGCUGCCUAAUCGACGAGUACGACCAGAUUCGACGGGAUUUCCAGCCGUUUUACCAGCUGGCGGAGGAGGACCCUGGGUUUUUCCAGCGGAUGAUUGAUUCAGCCACAAAAAUGAAUAACGACAAGAAGGAUUUGGGGCGAUAUGACAUUCGAAACGGUGGGGUGGGAGAAGCACCAGGGACCUCGAAUGCGUAUUCCUAUUAUUGGCUGGAGACGCUGGGUAAAUUCUCGCACAUUCUCCCCGACCUCACCGUCGUCAUCAAUGCCCGCGACCAGCCACGCGUCGUGUUUGAUGUCCGCCAACCUGGGCCCUACAUAAGGCAGCGCGCACGCAAGCUGACGGAAAAUGAUCCAUUCAACGUGUCCCCCGAGCGGACGCAGACAUAUUUCGCAGGCAAGCCCGGCUGCACCAUCCUCCGCAGCCCCGACGGCUUCCCCGACAUUGCCAACGACGAUAGCGCCUGA